GGGGGGGUUGCUUCUGAAUCACCAAAGAGGACAGAAGGGGCUUCAGGCAGGUAACAGCGGAGAAAAGCAGUACAGCCGGAUCCCGGGAAGGUUUACUCACAAUUGUAGGUAACCCAAGAGAAGGGGAAGGAGAUGGAAGAGGAGGACCCAGAAGGAGCUGGAAUGGGCAAGAGAUUAAGGGAAAGUCCCCAACCUACCCAGGCUGGGAGUGGUGUUGAAUCCUGGGAAACAGCUGUGCCAGAGAUCCUGUCUCAGGACAUGAUAACUGCAGAUGGACGCAACCGAUGCUUCCGGAAGUUCCUCUACAAUGAGGCUGAUGGACCCCGAGAUGUUUGCAGCCAACUCCAUGGACUUUGCAGCCACUGGCUGGAGCCCGAGAGGCGCACAAAGAAGCAGAUCAUAGACCUGGUGAUCCUGGAGCAGUUUCUAGCCAUCCUGCCCCAGGGAAUGCAGUGCUGGGUGAGAGGAUGUGAGCCAGAGACCAGUUCCCAGGCAGUGGCCCUGGCCGAAGGUUUCCUCCUGAGUCAGGCUGAGGAGAAGAAGCAGGCAGAGGAGAUGUGGGGACCAGCUGUAAAGAUGGAAGCAAAGUUAUCUGAGGCAGAAGGAGCUCCAUCUGAGGAACGUCAGAGGGCACAAGCCCAGAAGCAUGCCCAAGAUGUCCUGUCAAGUAGUAAAGGCUAUGAAGAGAUGUUUUCAAGCGGUCAUCUUUGCACUGGAGCACAAUUGCCUGCUCUGUCUCAGGUCCAGUCUCCCUUUUCCUUUGAGGAGAUGGCCAUUUAUUUCACUGAGGCUGAGUGGGCCCUGCUGGAUCCAAGUCAAAAAACUCUCUAUAGGGAAGUCAUGAUGGAGAACUAUGGGCAUGUGGCCUCUCUGGGAGCCAGGAAUGUAAGAGAGUCUACAGUGGAGAGCAAUGAACACUUUGUGUCCGAAGAAUGGUUGGAGGGUUUCGCAGGAAGAUCUCAAGAGGCUUGCUCUUUCCCACAUGAGCUGCCUGCCACAGCAGAUGUACAGGAGACAGCUGGGGAAUUCCAGGGAUUCUCUUUGGAAAAUGCCAAGAAUGAAGAUGCUGAAAGAAAGUUGGGAGAUGGAGAUGGACCGCAGAGGCAGGAGGAAAGCCACACAGCAGGGGAUGAUCAGAGGAACGAGGAGAAUGAAGAACUGCAUCAUCUAUUGCCAGAUGAAAUCCAGAAUGAAGACAUGAGGGGAAACUUCAGGAAUCAAGGAAGACCUAAGAGGCAGAAAGGCAGCCAUGUGGUCAAGAACAGGGGUAAACCCAUUCCUUGCCAAGGAGAGGAUUUCCAAGAAAUCAUUCACAUAGUCAAGGCUUUGGAGUGCAGAAGGAGCAUCUUAGAUCAAACCCAAUAUAAAGUCCAGUUACAAAUGCAAAGUGGAAACAGCACCCACCAGUGUCCGGAGAGUGGAAAGACCAUGUUUCACAGAGCAGAGCUUUGUAGAGGUCAAAGAACACAUACAGGAGAGAAACCUUAUAGGUGCUCACACUGUAGCAAGAGCUUUUCAGAUAAUUCAGACCUGGUUCAGCACCAGAUUCAUUCAGGAGAGAUUGGUAAGGCAUUCUCUGAUGGAAGAAAGCAUAAUGUACGCAUCCCAAAACCCAGUAUAAUGAAGGGACAUAAAUGCUUUCAAUGUGGAAAGUACUUCAGAUAUAGACCACAUCUCAUUGUGCACCAAAAACUCCACAGAGGAGAGGAACUCUUUAAAUUCUCAGAGUGUGGGAAGAGAUCCAGUUGGAGUGCCACUCUUCAAAAGCAUCAAGUAACACAAACAGGGGAGAAGCCCUUUGAAUGCCCAGAGUGUGGGAAGAGAUUCAGUCAGAGUGGCCAUCUUAAAGAUCAUCAACGAAUUCACACAGGGGAAAAGCCUUUUCAAUGCUCAGUGUGUGGGAAAAGAUUCAUGCAGAGUGGCACUCUUCAAAAGCAUCAACAAACCCACACAGGUGAGAGGCCAUUUGAAUGCUCAGAGUGUGGGAAGAGAUUCUUUCGUAGUGACUCUCUUCAACAGCAUCAACGAAGCCACACAGGGGAGAAGCCCUUUGAAUGCUCAGAGUGUGGGAAGAGAUUCAGUUGGAAUGGCGCUCUUCAACAGCAUCAACGAAGCCACACAGGGGAGAAGCCUUUUGAAUGCUCAGUGUGUGGGAAGACAUUCAGUUGGAGUGCCUCUCUCCAACAGCAUCAACGAACCCACACAGGGGAGAAACCCUUUGUAUGCUCGGAGUGUGGGAAGAGUUUCAGUUCCAGUAGCAUUCUUCAAAGUCAUCUAAGAACUCACACAGGUGAGAAGCCCUUUGAAUGCUCAGAGUGUGGAAAGAGAUUCUGUCGGAAUGACUCUCUUCAACAUCAUUUAAGAAUCCACACAGGAGAGAAGCCUUUUAAAUGCUCAGAUUGUGGGAGGACAUUCAGUCGGAGUAGCCAUUUUCAAGAGCAUCAAAGAACCCACACUGGGGAGAAACCAUUUGAAUGCUCAGUGUGUGGGAGGGCAUUCAGUCAGAGUAGCCAUUUAAAACAGCAUCUAAGAACCCACACAGGUGAGCGGCCCUUUGAAUGCUCAGAGUGUGGGAAGAGAUUCUGUCGGAGUGACUCCCUUCAACAUCAUCUAAGAACCCAUACAGGGGAGAAGCCCUUUGAAUGCCCAGAGUGUGGGAAAACAUUUACUCGGAGAGCCACUCUUCUACAGCAUCAAAGAACUCACACAGGGGAGAAGCCAUUUGAAUGCUCAGAUUGUGGGAAGAGAUUCAGUCACAGUGGCAGUUUUAAACAGCAUCAAAGAACCCACACAGAGGAGAAGCUAUUUGAAUGCUCAGAUUGUGGGAAGAGAUUCAGUCACAUUGGCAAUUUUCAACAACAUCAAUGGACCCACACAGAGGAGAAGGCUGUUGAAUGCUCAGAAAGUGGGAAGAGACUGAGUCACAGUGAUAGUUUUCAGCAGCAUCAGUGGAUCCACACAGAGGUGAACCCCUUUGAAUGCUCCGAGUGUGGGAAGAGAUUCAAUCGGAGUAGCACUCUUCAACAGCAUCAGUGGACCCACACGGAAGAGAAGCCCUUUGAAUGCUCAGAGUGUGGGAGGAGAUUCCGUCGGAAAGGUACUCUUCAACAGCAUCAAAGAACCCACACAGGGGAGAAGCCCUUUGAAUGCUCGGAGUGUGGGAAGACAUUCAGUCGGAGUGGCACUCUCCAAGAGCAUCAAAGAACUCACACAGGGGAGAAGCCAUUUGAAUGCUCAGAGUGUGGGAAGAGAUUCAGGCAAAGUGGCACUCUUCAACAGCAUCAACGAACCCACCCACAGGAGAAGCCCUUUGAAAUUGCCAACUGUAGGAAGAGAUUCUGUCAGGAUGGUGUUCUUCAACAGCAUUAACAAACACACACAGUGGAGAAGCCUUUUGAAUGCUCAGAGUGUGGGAAGCAAUUUAGUCAGAAUGGCACUCUUCAACAGCAUUUAAGAACUCAUAUAGGGGAGAAGACUUUUGAAUGCUUAGAGUACGAGAAGUGAUUCAGUUACAUUAGCACUCUUUGAAAACAUAUAACCCACACAUGUGAGCAUGCAAAGAAAUUCAGUCACUCUUCAACAUCAUCAGAGAACACACUAGAUGUGUAUUAAAGAAAUAUUUGGGUUCCCCCCCCCCCCCGAUUUGAGUCAGUUGGACCUGAAAAAUAGUGGCAUUCCCAAGUAUUCCUGAAUCCUAGUAUCAGUGUUGUAUUGUGAUUUGGGUAAAUAUUUGGGAAACCCAAGUUCAUUUGGCUCUGAUGUACCCUAUGUGGACAGUCUCUGUAGAGUAUAAUAGAGAAUUUUGCUUGGUGAGUCAUGCUGCUGCGAAAAGGUGAGUUACACAGUACGGAACACCAAACAGAUAAAAACUGUGUAUGAAUGCACAUAUAAUAAUAAACUUGGUAAAUUCAAACAUUU